UGAUGGAUCCACUGCGCCUCUGACCAGGAUAAAACGGUGAUAAAACAUAAAAAAUGAGAUAUGACAUGACUAGAUAUGACUUGGCUAGUUUUGGGUAAGAGUACAGGUACGGCUGAAUUUCGGUAGUGUGUUUAGCUGCGUGGAGAGGUGCAGUUAUUGUUUAAAGCGACUGGAAGAACUGGAUUUGUUUUGAAGCUAGCUCGUGAGAUACAGCAGGUGGAAAGGAAGACACAGUCAGUACACAGUGGAGUCAGUCGCCCGGACGCCUCCCGCCAUGAAUUUCAUCCUGGAGACUCUGCGCGUACUGGUCCUCUCUGUCUGCUGUAUGCUGGAGGCGUUUGUUAAGUUCUUCUUACCCGCGGGGAGGAAGAGCGUGGCGGGAGAGACGGUGCUGAUCACGGGCGCGGGGAGCGGGAUCGGUCGCCUCAUGGCUCUGGAGUUCGCCGGGAUGGACGUCAGACUGGUGCUGUGGGACAUUAACCCGGAGGGGGUGAAGGAGACGGCGCGCGCGGUUAAAGAGAGGGGCGCUCGGAGCGUCCACUGCUACCGGGCCGACUGCAGCGACAGGGACGAGGUCUACAGAGUGGCCGAGCAGGUGAAACAGGAAGUCGGAGAUGUCACAAUCCUCAUAAACAAUGCCGGCAUCGUCACCGGCAAGAAGUUCAUGGAUUCUUCAGAUGCCCUUGUAGAAAAGACCCUCAGGGUCAACGCCAUGGCUCAUUUCUGGAUGUACAAGGCUUUCCUUCCGGCGAUGACAGAGAAGAACCACGGUCACCUGGUGUGCAUCGCCAGUUCUGCUGGUCUGAUUGGUGUGAAUGGACUCGCAGAUUACUGUUCGAGUAAAUUCGCUGCCGUGGGUUUUGCUGAAUCCAUGGCUCUGGAGCUAAUGGCUUCCGGAAAGGACGGCAUCAGGACCACGAUAGUGUGUCCGUACUUCAUCAACACGGGCAUGUUCGACGGCUGCAGCACCAAGUGGCCUUAUUUGCUUCCCAUCUUGGAACCAGAGUACGUAGCAAAGAAGAUCAUCAACGGCAUUCUGACAGACCAGACCUACCUGUUAAUGCCGCGCAGCUUGUACUUUUUAGUCUUCCUAAAAAGUUUCUUGCCUUUUAGGGCAGCGAUAAUGCUGGGCGUGUACUUCGGAGCGUUUAACUUCAUGGACUCUUUCAAAGGACGACCAAAGAAAGACGAUUGAGCUCGUAGGUUCGAAUCGGCCGCCGAAUCGUGAUACUUGAAGUUGUUUUUUUACUAAACGCGAUGUGGAUCUAACCGAGUGUCAAGAAAAAAAGCUCACACAUGUUUACAAAGCUUCAUUUUAAUGUUUUUUUAAAUUGUGUGGAAAAAAGGAACCUGAAAUCAUUGAGUCCAAAAUGUAAAAAAGUGUAUUUUAAGUAAACAUAAAACUUAAUAACCUACAUGACCAUGAGCUUGUUGGACAUCUCAUACUGGUGGAGACUGGUGGAGGUCACUGGACUCUUUGUAGGUGGUGUUCUUCACCUCUGACAUGUCCCGUAAUUCUUUAUAGCAGGACGCUUGGCUAAAUAAUAAUAAUCUGUGCAUUGUAAUGUCUGUCCGAUUGUAUUUUGGGACCAUUUAAUAGGAGAAAAUCUCAGUAAAGUUUCCCUGUUUAUGUUUUAAUUCCACUAUAUGGACAAAAGUAUUGGGACGCCCUCUUUUUAUUAUACCUUUUUCACCCAUGCACUCUGCACAGGUGCCUCUAUCCACCAGUCAGGGUCCUUACACAGCGUUUGAAGACCCACCCACAUAGUCCGGUCAUCCCGCCCUAGCAGAGACGUGUCUGCUGCAGGCACUGUCAAUUAUGCUCGCUAGAUGGCGCCCAGCCGACCGGUGGCAACAACAAGUUUCGAACCGAGGACCAAAGCCUUCACUGAACAGCUUCGGUACGAACCGGAACAUCAACUUAACCAUACAAAUACAGUCUGACUGAACGGGUACAAAUUUCCACAGACGUGCUUUAAAGUCUAGUGAGAAGCCUCAAAAGAGCAGAUGAUGUUAUAGCUGACAAGAUCACACAGGUUAAGUGUCCGAAUACUUUUGUCCGGUCAGUGUAUGUUGGAUCAUGUAUGUUGGACUUGAAAAGCUUUGUUUACUUCAUGUUUAUCAGUAUGUGAGUAUUAAUGCGCAUGAUCGAAGCCAUUUCAUCUUUUAUACGCUUCAGCUCGUUACCACUAAUUGAACUGAUCUCGCUUUUACGUCACUCAGGAUGUUUGAAGGAUUUUUUAUGUACGUUAAACUGCUGAUUCUGCUCGGCACACUCGAGUGUUUUCACAACUUUUAACACCCACAUUUAUAUCAUUCUUGCUUUUAUUGUCUUUAUAUGAUUCAGUGGUGGUUCAGUGUUCAACCUUAUUUGCUGCUUAUGCCUAAACAUGAUCCAGUCCUGAGUAAACCUGAGCUAAUCCUGAGCCAAACCUUCCCUGUAUUCUUUUUUUUAUUAAAUGCUUUUUUAAACACUAUUAAAAGCUGUUAAAUGUGUUUUCUUGUGAAUAUUAGCCUGUUAAAAUCUAUUAAAAGAAAGGUAAGCAUUAUUAUACAUUAAAUAAUGUUCCAUUUUAAUAUUAGCCUGUAAAAAUCAAAAUAAUGCAAUGGUGUGUAAACUUUUAUCAGUGGGUAAACACUGUGGGACGUGGCGUGGCCGUGGAUUUCCUUCCCAGCUUUCUGUAUCUUUUAUUUCAAAUCUGCAGGACUAAAGCUGGUGUCGUGGCGCCCUCUAGUGGGCUUCACAGUAAACUCAGGUCCCUAUAAUCAUUAAGUCACUACACUUGUUUAUGUAUCGGUCCAGUCCUUCAGGUCAUUCUUAUUGUCUUAUAAUGUCAUUAUAUUUUUUUAAAAAGGAGCAGAAAUAAUUAAACAAAUAAUGGGGGUUGAUGUGAAUGGACAAACUAACUCACUUUUUUUUUUCUGUGACUUGUUAUUACUGCUGUGAAAUAAUAAAGACAAGUGAAUCAAUAUUUGCUUGUAUUUAACUUU